UUGAUCCAUUUACAUCCGGCUUCUGGCGACACAGUCACAGUCAUUUUGUCUUGGCCUCGGGUUCUCUCCCUCUCUCCACUCUCUUUUCCCUCUCCUCUGACACAUCACACGGCAGCAUCCUUGACAAUGACUGAACCUGAACCACCUUCUGUAGCUGCCCUUUCUCUCGCAGAGACAGCAACAGAGCCCGUCAAGAAAGCGACCGAGCAGGAGAUCAAUCCGUGGGACGUCCAAGCCGCAGUUGACGACGACGGCAAUGUCUUGGAAUUCGACUACGAGGCCAUCGCGCAGAAAUGGGCCACCAAGCUCAUCGACGCCGACGUCCUCGCCCGCUUCGAGCGCGUAACAGGCCAUAAACCCCACCGCUGGUUGCGACGAGGCCUCUUCUUCUCCCACCGCGACCUCGAGUUGAUUCUCGACGCAUACGAGCGCGGGGAGGAUUUUUUGCUCUACACUGGACGAGGCCCUAGCAGCGACAGCAUGCACAUUGGUCACACCAUCCCUUUCGAAUUCACAAAAUGGCUUCAAGACGUUUUCGAUGUGCCUCUGGUCAUCAUGUUGACCGACGACGAAAAGUUCCUCUUCAAGGAGAAACUCACGCAGCCUGAAGUCUACGCAUUCGCGCGUGAUAACGCAAAGGACAUCAUCAGUGUCGGGUUCGACGUCAAGAAAACCUUCAUGUUCAUCGACAGCGAGUUCUUCACAUCGGGCUUCAACCGCCACUUUAGCCUCAACGCAACCGAGUUCGAGAAGCUAAUCACAAACAAUCAAGUCCGCGGUGCCUUUGGCUUCCACGGCUCCACAAACAUCGGCAGCAACGCCUUCGCCGCAAAACAAUGCGUCGCCGCCUUCGCCUCCUCGUACCCUUUCAUCUGGGGCAAUGACAUCAAAACCUACCACCGCUCCCCGAAACUCGCAAACAUCCCUUGCCUGAUCCCCUGCGCUAUCGAUCAAGACCCAUACUUCCGCCUCGUCCGCGAAAACUCGUCCCGCAUGUCCCUCCCCAGCCCCAAACCCGCACUCCUCCACUCCAAAUUCCUCACCGCGCUCCAAGGUGCUGGCGGCAAAAUGAGCGCGUCGAACCCGAACUCCGCAAUCUUCAUGUCCGACACGGAGAAGCAGGUCAAGAACAAGAUCAACAAGCACGCCUUCAGCGGCGGCCAGGAAACCCUCGAGCUCCACCGCGAAAAGGGCGGAAACCCAGACAUUGACGUCGCAUAUCAGUAUCUUACGUACUUUGAAGACGACGACGAGAAGCUCGCCAAGUUCGCGCAGGAUUACAGAAAGGGGGAGAUGCUGACUGGGGAUAUGAAGAAGGAAUGCAUCAACAUGAUGAUCAAGUACGUCAAGGGGUUCCAGGACGCGCGCGCAAACGUCACCGAAGAGAUGCUGGAGGAGUUCCUCAGACCCAGAAAGCUGGAGUGGAGGGGGAACCCCAAAGUCGAGCGCAAAGUGGUCGAGGACCAGCCUGCUCAGAGCGCGGGCGGCGACGCUGCCGCCAUGUUAGGCGAGGACGGCAAGCCAUUGACCAAGAACCAGCAGAAGAAGCUGGCCAAGCUCGCCGAAGUCGAGAAGAAGAAGAAGGAGAAGGAAGCCGCAAAGGCCGCCCAGCCGUAG